CACCACAACAACGCUCCCUCCACCACGUAGCCCCCUCGUUUCAUUCUUUUCUGUAUCCAUCUCCAUCCAAAAGGAACACUGCUCUUUUUUAGAUCCACGAUAAUGAAGCACUUCAAGGAGCUCACCGCCGCUGUCUUGACCCUGUUGGCUACCGUUGCAUAUGCUCAGGAUGGCGAGGCCCCCUCGGCUCCCUCAGAUGUCAAUACUCUUGGAAAGGAGACCUUCGACUCUUUUGUCACGGAACACCCAUUGGUCCUUGCUGAAUUUUAUGCCCCUUGGUGUGGACACUGCAAGGCUCUUGCCCCAGAGUAUGAAGAUGCUGCUACAAAGCUGAAAGAGAAGGAGAUUCCUCUUGCCAAAGUCGACUGUACCGUUGAGGCCGAGCUUUGUGAGAAGCAUGGAGUUCAGGGAUACCCGACCCUUAAGAUUUUCCGUGGCCCAGAUAACUCCUCACCAUACACUGGCCAGAGGAAGGCUGAUGCUAUCGUUUCAUACAUGACAAAGCAGGCUCUUCCUGCUGUCUCACUCUUGGACAGCGAUACUAUCACUGAGUUUAAGACUGCCGAUAAGAUUGUUGUCGUUGCCUAUCUCUCACCUGACGAUAGGGAGAAGAACGCCACCUUUACUAGCGUCGCGGAGAAGCUUCGUGAUAGCUACCUCUUUGGUGCUACCUCUGACUCUGCUCUUGCUGAGGCUGAGGGUGUCAAGGCUCCCGCUGUUGUUCUUUACAAAUCCUUCGAUGAGGGAAAAACCGUCUUUGAUGGAGCCUUCACCGCGGAGGAGAUCACAAACUUCGCUAACCUUGCUUCUAUCCCUUUGAUGGGCGAGGUUGGCCCAGAGACCUACUCUGGAUACAUGGCCGCCGGAAUUCCACUCGCCUACGUUUUUGUUGAUAACGAAGAAAUCAAGGAGAAACUUACUGCCGCCAUCAAACCAAUUGCCCAAAAGCACAAGGGCAAGAUCAACUUCGCUACUAUUGAUGCUGUCGCCUAUGGUGCACAUGCCGGCAACCUUAACCUUGAGGCCAAGUGGCCCGCUUUCGCCAUCCAAGACACCACAAAGAACCUCAAGUUUCCUUUUGACCAGGAGAAGGAGAUCACCGAGCAGUCUCUCACCGAGUUUGUUCAGGAUUUCGUUGAUGGCAAGGUUAGCCCUAGCAUCAAGUCUGAAUCCGUCCCGGCGACUCAAGAGGGGCCGGUUCACGUUGUUGUCGCCAACAACUAUGACGAGAUUGUCAUGGACAAGGACAAGGAUGUCCUUCUCGAGUUUUACGCCCCGUGGUGCGGCCACUGCAAGAACUUGGCUCCCAAGUAUGAAGAGUUGGCUGCCCUCUACUUCAACAACCCUGAAUACAAGGAUAAGGUAAUUGUCGCUAAGGUGGACGCUACUGCCAAUGAUGUUCCUGUCGAGAUCCAAGGAUUCCCGACCAUCAAGAUGUACCCCGCUGGCGCAAAGGAUUCGCCAAUUGACUACUCUGGUUCCCGCACUGUUGAGGACCUUGCCACCUUCAUCAAGACCAACGGUAAAUACAAGGUUGACGCUUAUGUCGCACCUCCACCAGAGCCUGAGGCCGAGGAGGAGGAGGCCGAGGAGACCGGGGCUGAGGAAUCAGCGGAGGAGACUCCUGCCGGGUCAACCGCGACAGCUGCUACUGAGACUGCUAAGGAAGGUGUCAAGAAGGCCACCGAUGCUGCACAAGCUGUUGUUGGCGAUGAUGACGAUGUAGCUCAUGGGGAAUUGUGAACGCUUGUAUUUAACUAAAUUUCGAGGCGCAUUGUUGGUGGCGAGGGUCGGGGUAAUGAGGUCUUGUGUCAUUCCAUAUUAUUGACGCAGGCUGCUUACGCGGUUUUUUCUUCUUUUUUUUUUUUCUCCUUCCAAUGAACCGGUCCCUUUUCUUGCUCCAUGGGUUUUAUAUGCUUUUACGAUAUGGGUUUCUUUUCUCAAUGUGACUGUACAACGUUUUCAAAAGUUAUCGCAUUAAAAACAUCUAAAAA